AAGGAACAAGGCAGCCAUUGAGACGGCCCACUCGCCAGCAGCUGUGCGAGCCGCAUGCCUACCCCUGUCACUCGCCUGCCUGGAACCACAAUGGCCCGCAGCAGCUGCCCGUCACUCGUCGGCCAUCUCCUGCUCCUGCUCGCCCUCGGUGACAUCUCACGGGGGAAGACCCACAGUGUGCACGAGGGGGAGACAGCCAUCCUUACCUGCAACUACUCAAUCAAGUAUGGCCUGCGGCCCGUCUGCUGGGGCAAAGCCUGUGGAACCAUGUGGUGCCAUGACGAAGUCAUCCAGACUGACGGCCAGCGUGUCACAUCCAAAAGGUCCAGCCGCUACACACUAAAGGGCGACAUGCUGGGUGGAGACGUCUCCCUCACCAUCCAACAGGUGAAACCCACCGACGCCAGCUCCUACUGCUGCAGGGUGGAUAUCGAGGGCUACUUUAAUGACCAGAAGGUGCUUCACACACUGCAUGUACUGAAAGCACUUCCUCGGACGACAACUGAGCCCAGUGUGGGAACUGCAGCCACCGCGGUGCAGAUGACGUCCCAUCGGCCACCAGCAGCCAGUAACUGGAUUGAGGAUGACGCCCCCAGUGUAUCAGGUGCAAGACCACCACAGUGGAACGCCACCCUGACUCGACCUUCAGAUAUCGAGGAAAGCACAAUGAAAGGCCAGCACUCGAACAUCGCCAUGCUGGUGGCCUGCGUGACCGCCUCCGUCCUGACGGUCCUCAGCUCGCUGGCGGCGCUCAUCUUCAAGUGUAAUCUCCUCGAGAAAGUGUGGCAGCACGCUGGAAGCGUGACGCCCACCUCGGCCGCCGUGCCCCAGCACAUCAUUUAUGAGAUAAACGCUGGACGACAGGCACAAGAGAACAUCUACAACUUGGACUAGCGGCCUCAGCGGAGCCCCUCUCGCACGUUCAGAGCGGUCAGUUGGGGGGGGGGGCUGCGGUGGUCUCAGCCGGACUUGAAUUAACACAAACGUUACUGUUCGUCGUCUCAUGUGUGUGAAUGGCUUCUGUUUGGAGGAGCGAUGGGCACAAUCAGCCCCAGUCCAGCGACCACAGGAGUUUUCUUAGGUGGGGCGAGGGGCACUGCCUGGUGUCCAACAGACACACAGUUUGAAGGUCUGCCCAUUUGGGUCUCAUCAGACCAGAGGAGGUUUCUUCUCCUGCCACCGUCGGGCCACAAACACCUGAUUGACAGAGUACCGUCUGAGGUGGCCGUCCUUUCAUUUCAUCGGAGGACUUGUGAAGUUCUCUUUGAGUGACCACUGGGUCCUUGGUCGCCUCCCUUACCUGCUAAGGUCACACAGUUAACUCUAGGUAGAGUCCUGGUGGUCC